AUGCUUUCGGAACUCUCAGUACGACAUCGUUGGAGGCUGUCCAACAGUGAGAGCGACGAGUCGCCCGCCCCAGGUUUACACAAACGUUUCACCAAACGCCUCUCGCAUUUCUGGAGACGCAAACGAGACAGAUCCGACGCCAAAGUGGCUGCAAAAACAAAGCAAACAGGGGAUACCCCAUCAAACAAUGGAAAUGAUGAUCGCAAGUCAAUUGGCCAGCGAGUGCCCUACAAAGCCCUGAGCCUGCUUUUCAAGUCAGGCUACCCUGUACCUGACAUCCUGGCCCGCGCGAGGCUGCAGUGUCAGCAAAAUGUUCUCUAUACGCACAGUGGCCAUCUGGGGGGUUUUCACCCAGCCUCGCGCACCGGCCCGUUCCCGACGUUGGGUCUUGUCCCUCAGAAGCUAGACAUUUCCCCGGGGGAUCAUCACAGGGCUGCUGCUGGGGGUCCCUCUAGUCACAAAAGGCCACCAGGAAGCCCUGGCAAGUCUGGCAGCAACAGCAAGAAGCCACGCAAGGAGAACAAACAACCCGCCGACAAAGCCCAGAAUGGCGCAAAUGGUGACGGUGCUGGUGAUGAUGACGACAAAGACCAUAGCGACACAGAUAGUGACAACGACGAGGACGAUGAGGGUGAUUCCGGCCGCGAUGGGCCACGUUAUCCGCUACCCACAGGUUCCCACGAACGCAAAACAAUUGCGUGCCCAUUCCACAAGUAUCAUCCGGCUCGGUACUGCAAAUGCAAAGGUCUCCGCAUAACGUCCAUCAGCUAUGUUAUUCAGCACAUCGGCAGAGGCCACGUAUUGAAAGAAGUGAGGAUGGACGUACAGGAGACCACCUUUUCAACGGACGAUAGUCCCACUCGACCGGAAACGACGUCAGACCACAAUAAGAUCGUAUACUAUUGUCCGACAUGCCGGUAUGAGUUCCAUGGCCGUGGGGCUGAUAUCAGAUGUGAACGCCACACAGAUGCAGGAUGCAAGACAAAAAGCAUUGCGGAUACGGGCGUUUUGCUACCGGCAGAGUUCAAAAAGCUCAAAGAUGAGGUCACUGCAGCGUCUGCCAACGAUAAAUGGGACAAGAUAUGGAAAACAUUAUACCCAGGAAUACCGACACCAACCCCGUACAAUGAGGCAGAACCUGUUGCUCCAAUUGCAGUUGUUGCACAGCCACACAACCCUAUCCACCAUGGCCCGUUUCCCGGAGCUGUCAAUGAACCCUACCACCCUGCUCCUCCAGAAGAUCUCGCUCAGCAAGUACCGAAUUUUCCGCAAAACCCUCAGGAUUAUUUGAGCGACGACCCAUUUACCGACAUAUUUCAUAAUUCCUGGGGUAUGGUGAAUGAGUUUGGAGACGUGAACCAUGCUCCAAGCCACAUCCCGAACCCCGCACCGCCUGAUUUGCGGAUGACCAGGCCAGUGCCGCUGGACCUGACGCAGUGGUCUAUGCCGCCAACACAAAAUCCGUCGUUUCCAAAUGAGGCCUGGAAAAACUUCGUCGUCUGUCGCGUCUGUGGCAACGCUGGCCAUAUGGCUCGCGAUUGUCCCGUCCGACACCAGAACAACUUCGGCGGUCCUCAAUAA